CAGUACACAUUUCUCUGAUCGUCUUCCUCAGAAAUCCCUAGAACACUCGAUUAACGAAUCAAAAACCGAUUUUGGGGGAUCAAACAGUAAUCAUCAAACAGUAAUCGAUCGAGGUUGAAGAUGACGGAGGCGAUGAUAAGGAAGAAGCCAGGAAUGGCGAGUGUGAAGGAUAUGCCAUUGCUUCAGGAUGGUCCACCACCGGGUGGGUUUGCACCGGUCCGAUAUGCUCGUCGAAUCUCUAACACGGGUCCAAGCGCCAUGGCCAUCUUCCUUACCGUUUCGGGUGCCUUUGCUUGGGGAAUGUACCAAGUUGGUCAGGGCAACAAAAUCCGCAGAGCGUUGAAGGAAGAGAAAUACGCUGCCCGCAGAGCAAUUCUUCCCAUUCUUCAAGCAGAAGAAGAUGAAAGGUUUGUGUCAGAGUGGAAGAAGUAUCUAGACUACGAGGCUGAUGUUAUGAAGGAUGUUCCCGGAUGGAAAGUUGGUGAAAACGUGUAUAACUCUGGUCGUUGGAUGCCUCCAGCUACAGGAGAGCUUCGUCCUGAUGUCUGGUAAUAUCAAAUGGCUCCUUCUGAUGAUGAUGAAUCUUGAUGUGUCUCUUCUUUUCUCUCUCUUUCUUCUCAUCGUAUAAUAAGAUAAAUGAUAUACAUACACAGUUCAUGUAUCAGUCUUGAGGAACAUAUUUUUGUUGUUAUUUUUAUUCACACCUUUCUGCCUCUUUGUCAAUGGCAAAAAUGAAUCUUGUUCAUUUCUUUUAUCUUAAUCAAGUUAUUAACUUUCUA